AUGUCGACACCUACAACCGCAACGGCCCUUCUCCCGCCGACACACUACCGCCUCCACCCUCCAUACUCUUCCAACUAUCGCACAACAACAACCGCGAAUUCACUGCUGCCCACAACGGCAGUCGUGGACCACCAGCCGGCGUUGCAGAGUCCGGCUCGUCCUCAGUCUUACUACUACCAUCACCAGCCUGCCGCCAACGCGGGCUACAGUCUGACGGAUGGCGUAGCCCAGAGUUCACAACCCGUGCCUCGACCCCCUCACGGCCACUACAGCCAUCAAGACUCCAACUCGUCCGCGACUGCUCGCUUUGACGACAGCUACACCUCCACCAUGCCAAACACGACGACAACAAGUUCUGGCGUCGUCCCUGCCGCUGGUCGCCUUGUCGCUGAGGACCAGCCGUCCAGGAAGCGUCGGCGCUCUCGGGAGCCCGAUUGGAACAAUUUCUACCGGAACGGCCUCCCCAAGGAAAUCAUUGUCAUUGACGACACGCCUGAGCCUGAGGCCAACACGGGCCGCAAGAUCACAAAUGGUAAUACCAUCGUGCCCGACUCGGCCGCCGCCGCCGCUGCUCAGCAGGCCGCGAAAAAGCGAAGACGAGACGACCCGCCGCUGGGCUACCACGUCCAGUAUUUGGGCGGUUCGCACACAGGCUCGCACACAAACACGCCCUUGCCCAACGCCGCCACGCCUGCUGGCUCUACCCUCUCCAGCGACCGAACAAACUCGGCAUUGAACACCACCGCGCCCACGUCUCUGUCGUCAAAUAGCCAGUAUGAUGAGCUGGCCGCGCCAUUAAAGCGCAAGCGCACCACCCGCCAGCAGGCUGCCAACGAGGCCAAGCGAAGGGAUGUUGACGGCCUGGGAGGCGCCUACAUGGCUUACAAGCCUCCCCCUUACCCGCCCAAGAAGUCUGCUGAGGUUCCCGUUAGAGUCAUUCAUGAUCGUCACUACAGCAAAAAUGCCAAGGUUGAUGAUGAUGAUGGCCACUACAUCGUCGUCCCAGAUGCUGAACUUACUGAAAAGUACCAGAUUGUCCGUCUCCUUGGUCAGGGUACCUUUGGUAAAGUGGUCGAAGCCAGGGAUGUCAAGAGAAACAAGCCUGUGGCUGUCAAGAUCAUCCGAUCCGUCCAGAAAUAUCGCGACGCUUCCCGGAUCGAGCUUCGCGUGUUGGCUACGCUCAAGGCCAACGACGAAGAGAACAGGAAUCGGUGCAUUCACCUGCGAGACUGUUUCGACUACCGCGGCCACAUUUGCAUCGUCAUGGAUCUUCUGGGCCAAAGCGUUUUCGACUUUCUCAAAGGCAACGGCUUUGUACCUUUUCCCAACAGCCAAAUUCAGAACUUUGCCAGACAGCUGUUCACCAGCGUAGCAUUUCUUCACGACUUGAACUUGAUUCAUACCGACCUCAAACCGGAGAAUAUUCUCUUGUGUGAUAACUCUUAUCAAACAUUUACGUAUAACAGGAAGAUCCCUUCGUCGUCUACCACGAUUAAUAGGCAGGCAUCUCAGCGACGGGUGCUUCUUGACACCGAGAUUCGUUUGAUCGAUUUUGGAUCAGCUACGUUCCAAGACGAAUAUCACUCAUCGGUUGUCAGUACUCGCCAUUAUCGUGCUCCCGAGAUCAUCCUUGGCUUGGGCUGGUCUUUCCCCUGCGACAUUUGGAGCAUAGGAUGCAUCCUGGUCGAAUUUUUUACCGGCGAUGCCUUGUUCCAGACACACGACAAUCUCGAACACCUAGCCAUGAUGGAAGCCGUCGUUGGCUCUAGGAUAGAUACCCAUCUUGUUCAAGCGGUCAACAAGAUGUCUACUAGGAGUGGAGGAAAUCCUGCUUCCAAGUACUUCAAGAGACUUAGGCUCGAUUAUCCAACCCCCGACACAACCAGGGGUUCCAGACGCUUUGUUAAGGCCAUGAAGCACCUGAGCGACAUAAUCCCUUCAAACUCAACCUUUUUCAAGAACUUCCUUGAUUUGCUGAGGAAGAUUUUCGUCUACGACCCUGCGCACCGCAUCACGGCCAAGCAGGCCCUUAACCACCCGUGGUUUAAAGAAAUGGCCCAGCCUGACGACGGAACCGAGGCCGCCAAGAUUCGCUUCGAACGGAGACGACUAGAGGUGGACAAGGCGAGACAGCACGCCCACUAUGUUGGAUGA